AUGAAGGGCCUUAUUGCUUCUGCUGCGCUGUAUGGCGCCGUCUCGGCUUCGCUGUAUGGCGAGAGCGACCUGAACCAUUCCUGCGUCUUGCAGGACCCCGUCUGGUCAUGCUCGGCCAAAGCGCAACCUGGCCUCGUCGAUACCUGCUGCUCCGAGACCUUUGGUGGCAUGUUCCUGAGCACGCAGCUCUGGAACACGUACACCGGGCUCGAGUCCGAGGGCCAGCUGCUGCCUGCCAAGAGCUGGGGGCUUCACGGCUUGUGGCCGGAUUUCUGCAAUGGCUCGUACACGCAAUACUGCGAUUUUGAUCGCCAGUAUGACCCAGCGCCGGCGCCGAAUACUACUACGGGUGAUGCCAGUGGAAUCCCCGUCCCUCCCUACAAGGGCCCCUCAAUCGAAACCUUCUUGCACCCCUUUGGCAAAUUCGACCUUCUGUCUUGGAUGAACAAGUACUGGAUCAACCAACACGCGCCGAGCAAGGACCUCUGGGCCCACGAGUUCUCCAAACACGCCACCUGCUACUCAACUUUUGACACGCCAUGCUACGGACCAAAAGCGGUUCCUCACUCGGAUGUUGUUGAAUUCUUUGAAACCACCAUCGCCUACUUCCGUCGUCACCCGACGUACGACUGGCUCGCCGCAGCGGGUAUCACCCCGUCCAACAAGACCACCUACACGCUCGACCAGAUUCAGUGGCCGCUGACUAAGGCUUCCGGUGCGGUGCCGUAUUUGGGAUGCACUGGUCCGCGGUUCAACGAGACCAAGGCCGGCAAAGGGUCGCUGGAUGCUGGGUAUACGGUGUUGAGUGAGGUGUAUUAUUAUUUUCAUGCACUGGGGCGCCCCCAGGAUAUGAAGGUGCGUCCUGUGGAUGCGGAUGCCGUGGGAAGUGAUACGACGUGCGCGCAUAGUAGGGGAGCGGUUUGGUACUAUGAGCGCACCAAGGGGUCUGAGGCGGAGGUUUAG